CGGCUCUGGACUCUAGGACCAGCAGCGUGCUCCCGCAUCUAGCUCGGGCAACGAAACCUGACACUCUCUUCUUCGCCUGUUGACAGGUCGCGAAAGGACCAGCUCGUACGGUCCCGGGGAACGAGCUCCGAAUAUCAUACGCAUCCCUCCCGGAAUUGAGCACCUCCCCACCGGUGAUCGGGCAAGACUCAAAUUGCCGAGAAGUGGUACCAAUCGUUUUGGCUGCCGGAGACACCUUUGGGGUUUGACGGGAUGCUAAUCUCGGCACGCAAUCUUAAAUCCAACUGCGAAGACAAGAGAAGCCUGUCCUGCAACUGUUACACAUUGUAGCUAUCCAAUAGGAAAUCGUCUCGUACACCUGAAAACUACCCGACGGACAUACGUACUCUGCUGCGAGAUUAUCGUUUUGUAACUUGAUGGUGGUCUCGCAAGCCUCAGCCUGAUAACGGAGGAGAGAGCCAAGAAGUGAUCUUCAGUUUCUGACUCAGCUUGACCCCGCGACUGUGCAGCGCGUCGCGUUCGUCGGCACUAUUGCGUCGCCAGCUCGUCGCAAAAGGCGAUCUGUGGAGCGGCCAGUCCUUCGAACGAAACAUGGCCGCAGCGACCCCCUCACAUCGCUCUUCAAGGAGACACCGUUUGGAGUCCGAUAUAGGGGCCGAAACACCAUCUGGCGUGGAUCAAGCUCUGACGCUUCCUCGCUACCAGCGUCAGUCUCACAAAUUGAACGCAGACGCCAAAAUAGCCCUCCUUAACCUUGCGCAAUCAGAUCAUUUCCGACACCUCGACCUGCACCUACAGCACCUCGCUUCUGCGCUGGCGAAUACGACAGGUGAAAUUAAUGACCAAUUGACCGACGCGAAAGCACGAUACGAAAGACAGAAGCGGAAGAGGGGCCAGAAAGAAGGUAGUGAGGAUGUGGAUGUCGAUGGCGACGGAGGUCGCUCGUCAACGCUUGAUGAUGCGGAGGAGAAACACUUCGCAGAUUUGGAACUACGGGUAAAUAUGACGACUAAGAAGAUGGAAGAAAAGGUCAGAGAGUUGGUGGACACAGAAAUGAAAGCCGGUACAAUAAAGGAGAUCCUGGAGAAGAUGGGUCAGCCACAAGAGGAAGGAAGAUCCGGCACACAAAGGGCGCGGGCUCCUAGGACCAUAAGGCGAAGGCUUGAGGAUGAGGACGAGGAUGGCGACGAUGCCGAUGUGGAUUAUGACCCUAACCGUGAAGAAGAUGAUGAAGAAGGGGACGAGGUUGUUCCUGCAAGCGAGCUUUAUGAGAUACGAUUAAAGGAGAAAGAAGCAGAGUGGGAGAGCCGGUCGCUAACACAAAGAUACACUACCAAAAAUACCUAUAUUGGAUUUUACCGCAUGCUCCACGAUUCCAAGCAUCCCGGCGACGAUAUCCCUCCCCUACCACACCCAUCAACCUGGUUUAGUAACAUGGAACUCCCAGAGGCCUCGGAGUCAUCCAUUCGAACGCGGGAGAGCAGGAAGAGUGCCACUGCUCGCCGUCCCGACGACGACAUCGCCAUCGAGAGUGAACGUGUCUCCAUCCGCUGCCCAAUAACAUUGCUUCCUUUUAAAGACCCCGUAAGAAGCACCAAAUGCCCACAUAGCUUCGAACGCGCAGCGAUCGAAAGCAUGAUCAACUGUAGCAGCGAGACCGUGGUCGUACGGGCCCCCGGCUUGAGUCGCGGCAGGCAAAAACUAAAAUAUGUAAAAUGUCCGGUUUGCUCUGCUCAGUUGCGUCUUCAGGAUCUGCGCCAAGAUCCUGUCCUCCUGCGGAGAGUUCGACGGGCUAUGGAGACCGCAGCCGCAGAGGAAGAGGAAGAAGCUGAAGCUGAUACCAUGGGAGAGGAUGAUCAAGAUGUGGUGAUGCACGAUCUGGAGACAAAACGAAGUCAAGUAAGAGUAAAGGUUGAAAGGGCAGAGUCAUUAGCCCGGGAGCGGAGUAUGAUCCCUGGAACCCAGUUUGAGACUGUACAAGAUGACGGUGGGGAGGAAGAAGAGGAUGAUGAGGGUUAGCUAAACAGUCUUAGAAUUUUUGAAGGUAGAUCAAGACAUACCAUCAAUAGCUUCAGAAGUAGUUGCAGAUAUUUUGCUUCACUAAACUCGACAGAUUUUGUUGCUCC